UCCAUCAUGGCUAGGGAGAAUGGCGAGUCCGGGACGGGAUCGUGGAAAAAGCAAGUCGACGACAUCAAGAAAAUAUUUGAAUUCAAGGAGAUCCUUGGAACUGGGGCCUUCUCUGAGGUGGUGCUGGCUCAGGAGAAGGCCACGGGGAAGAUGUUCGCUGUUAAGUGCAUCCCCAAGAAAGCGCUGAAGGGCAAGGAGAGCAGCAUCGAGAACGAGAUCGCCGUGCUCCGAAAAAUAAAACAUGAAAACAUUGUUGCCCUGGAGGACAUUUACGAGAGUUCCAACCACCUGUACCUGAUCAUGCAGCUGGUGUCGGGAGGAGAGCUGUUCGACCGCAUCGUGGAGAAGGGCUUCUACACAGAGAAGGAUGCCAGCACACUCAUCCGACAGGUCCUGGACGCAGUCAACUACCUCCACAAGAUGGGCAUCGUGCACAGAGACCUCAAGCCAGAGAACCUGCUCUACUUCAACCCCCAGGAUGAGUCCAAGAUCAUGAUCAGCGAUUUUGGCCUGUCCAAGAUGGAGGGCACAGGAGACGUCAUGUCCACAGCCUGCGGGACACCGGGAUACGUGGCUCCAGAAGUCCUAGCGCAGAAGCCCUACAGCAAGGCUGUUGACUGCUGGUCCAUCGGAGUCAUUGCCUACAUUCUGCUGUGUGGCUACCCGCCAUUUUAUGACGAGAACGACUCCAAGCUCUUCGAGCAGAUCCUGAAGGCGGACUACGAGUUCGAUGCCCCGUACUGGGAUGACAUAUCAGAUUCAGCGAAAGACUUCAUCAGCAGCCUCAUGGAGAAGGAUCCUGCCAAAAGGUACACCUGUGACCAGGCUCUCCGUCACCCCUGGAUCGCUGGGGACACUGCCCUCUGCAAGAACAUCCACGAGUCUGUCAGCCGACAGAUCCGGAAAAACUUUGCAAAAAGCAAAUGGAGGCAAGCCUUCAAUGCCACGGCGGUGGUUCGCCACAUGAGGCGGCUGCAGCUGAGCAGCAGCAUAGACAGCUCGCAGCACCCGGGCCACGGCCAGAACCGCAACCAGAACCAGAACGCUGCGCACAUCAAGAGCCCGUCCGCGGACUCCGCCAACCCACCCCGCAAGGACUGUACGCCUGCCCCCUCUACCCCCUGUAGCCUGGCGUCGGCAGCUGCCUCGCCCGCAGGGGCACUGUCAUCCGUGGGGGCGGUCCUCCCCCCCGUGGGGGCGGAGCAGCACCGGCCACGCCCCUCCACUGUCACCACAGUGCACACAGGGACCAAGUGACGCCAGGUCCCGCGGGGAACGAGCUGGGAGGCCACGGCGCUGUGACGAGAGGGUGACCCCGCCGGGUCCCACCCCCCCUCUUCCACACUCCGCCACCGCGACCACACCAACCCCCGAGAGCCCCCCCAGCCCGUCCCCCGCCCUGCCCCUCCGACACACCUGGGAGGACUGGAUGAGCAGAGGACUUUUUAAACCGCCAUAUUUUCUACCGUCUCCUCCAACGCGGAGAGGAGCCUCCGCAUGGCUUCUCCAGCGCACCGCAUCUGCACGGAUCUCUGAUUCCAGCCACGCCCCCCUCACGCGCUGUCACCGGAGAGCCGAGGUCUAAUGUAUACAGUGUCUGGACGGGAAAGGACGCGCGAAAAAGGGGAUCGUUUUUACGCAAACCGAACAGGACUUUUUACCGAUCUAGCUACUGUGUGUAUCUGUGGUUUAUCCUUUUUUGCGUUUCUGCUUCUUUAUUUUCCUUUUUCUCCGGUUGCUCCUGCUCUGAAAGGUAUAUCUGGAUAACCAGCCAUUUAAUUUCCUGCGUUGUGUUUUCAGCAGAGACUUUGACGUCCCCGCAGUCAAUCCACGAUACAUGCUAUACGAGUAGCCUACCAAAUUACCGUUGAGGGGUGUAUCUAACAGUCAUUGCUUGAUCUGUUGUACAGUAGCUUUAGACAAAUUCUCAGAUAUGACUUGUAUUUUCUGCACAACUACAAGCAAAACUGUUCAUUCAGUUCUAUUUAUCUGACAGGCGGUAUAGAUUGUAAACUGUUUUAAAAUCCCACAAUGGGGUCAUAGCAUUGUACAAUUUAUUUGUUAAUGGAAACAUUUAAUAUGUUUCGUUAUUUUCUUACUUUAUAAGACUUUUGUAAAAAUCAUUCUAUAUGCGACACAUUUACAGUAUAUACAAACUGCACCACAAUUUUUAAGUUUUGAACAGAAGAGUGAUACGUAGGAGCAACUGUUAAAAGUCAAUGGAUCCAUUGCAUUGCAACGAGCAUAAUCUUUACGGUAAAAUGACAUUCGUGUGGAAUCUCAGAUGGUGGAGCCGUUAGCCUCGCCCCCCUAACUGUCAUGUGCUUAGUGUGUGAAAUAUCAUUGGUCUGCGUCCAGUUUAUGAGUUCUCAGGGACUUCCAUAACUGAAAUGGACAUAAUGCUAAACCUCACCUGCACAGAUCUUUAACUCCUGGUCAAGUGUUUGCGAUCUGAUGAGUCUCUUUAUUGAUCGGAUUUAUAAGUCUGGGAUUUUUUUUCCCAGAGUCUAGGUAACUUGGUACUGCGCGUGUAGAGUGUUUCCUUGUUUAUUUCUUCUAGUGGCUCCCUCCUUCUCAAAUCAAAUCAAAUCUAUGUAAGGUUAGGGGGAAAACUGGUAGACAUGACCGCCUGCCUCCAAAUUAAUCGUGAUCAACAGUGGGUUCCCUUCUCAGGCGAGAUGCUCUCUCAGCAUGUUCUUGUUAAUCAUAUUUGGGAGAGCAGUAACUGGAAGAGUUUGGCUUUCUAUUCAUUGUACCCGUUUCAUAUCUGAAUAUAUACCGACUAUUUACCGGCCGAAGUCCACCUCCCCUCUUCGUUUUUAAUCUUAUCAAAUUCAGUUUCUUUUUCAUCACAUCAGUCUCAAUAGAUGAGUGAUUUCUGUUGAUUGCAGGGCCAAAACGCGCCAACUUCAAAAUGCUGAUUAAUUUCUUAAUUUUGUGGAAAUGUUCAAGAUGGAAAUAUGCAAACGGGUUUUUAUGGAGGUGGAAAUGGGGGAAUUGGUGUCAUUUUAUUACAUUUAUGCAAAUAAUGAAAGACAUCUAUAGUAUGUAAACUGAAUAGAAUGUGUCAGUACUUCAAACGUUCUAAUAAUGGCUGUAAUUUAAUUGUCA